CAAUCCAGCCCCGGCCGUGCUUGGGGAGGGAGCUCGAACAAGGAAAAGAGACGGAGAGAAUUUCCUCGGGUUUUGUUUUUAGGGUUUGGGGAGAAUUUUUUGACCUUUUCCAUCCGAUGAAUGAAGAGUAAAGGGAACCAGAAUGGGGUGGCGAGUAGCGCUUUGAGAAAAUGGAAGAGCAUGUUUGGAGACGCGUAAAGUUGCCUUUCAAGCUCCAGCCUCUGGGGCACGCGAUGCUCCUCGGCGGGCUGACUCAGGGCUGCCUGGGCCUCCCAGCCCCCCGCCUGGAAAUGAUGCAGGUCCAGUCAGUCACCUGGAUCCCUGCAGCCCAGCCCGGAAUCCGUCUGGACUGAGGGAGGGGCGAGAAUCUGGCACCAAGGCCCACCAAAGAGGGGCGAAAAGAGGGAGAUGGGGCAGUCGCUCAGGCUAAGUCCUAUAUCUAGUGCUCUGAUCCUAUCUUAAAUAGUUUGAGGGAUUUUUUUUUUUAAUGCAAAGCGUCACAACGCCAGGAAUUCCCAUAUGUGCCCAGUUUGGCCCCAGCAUCACUGUAUCCAGGAAACUUCUCCAAUCCUCGGGGCUGGGAAUCUCAAGUGAAUUCCAACCGGCAGAAAGAGGAAACUUUCCCAGCCCGAUGCGGGUGUGAUGCGAGUCAGGAGACCGGGCGUACGCUGUCCCAGCGCAAACUGUCCCCUCUCGCCCUUCUUUAGCUGCAACCGGAGCUGGAAUUCGCUUUUAUUUUUUUAAGUCCGUUCGGCCAUUGCCCUCGAGCACCCGCACACGCGCAUGCAUCUCCGGCCGCGCUCUCACACACUCACACACGCACGCAAACGCGUGGCCGCCGCCAGGUCUGCAACUUUGUCAGGCGCUCCCAGCGGCGCUCGGCUUCCUCCCGUAGUAGUUGGGCACAGGCCACGCCUCCCGACCGUGUUGUCAAACGGGCGGGGGUCUCGGAUUGGUCCAGCCGCCGGGACAACACCUGCUCGACUCCUUCAUUCAAGUGACACCAGAGCUUCCAGGGAUAUUUGAGGCACCAUCCCUGCCACUGCCGGGCACUCGCGGCGCCGCUAACGGCCUGGUCACAUGCUCUCCAGAGAGCUACGGGAGGGCGCUGGGUAACCUCUAUCCGAGCCGCGGCCGCAAGGAGGGAAAAGGCGAGCGAGGAGGAAGAGUGGGAGGAGGAGGGGAAGCGGCGAAGGAGGAGGAAGAGGAGGAGGGGAGCACAAAGAAUCCAGGUCUCCGGGCGGGAGGUUUACACCAAGAACCAUGUGUGCCGAGCGGCUGCGCCAGUUCGUGACCCUGGCUUUGGUGUUGGCUACCUUCGACCCGGCGCGAGGGACCGACGCCACCAAUCCGCCCGAAGGCCCCCAAGACAGGGGAUCCCAGCAGAAAGGCCGCCUGUCCUUGCAGAACACAGCGGAAAUCCAGCACUGCUUGGUCAACGCUGGCGAUGUGGGGUGUGGUGUGUUUGAAUGUUUCGAGAACAACUCUUGUGAGAUACGGGGCUUACAUGGAAUUUGCAUGACUUUUCUGCACAACGCUGGAAAAUUCGAUGCCCAGGGCAAGUCCUUCAUCAAAGAUGCCUUGAAGUGUAAGGCCCACGCUCUGCGGCACAGAUUCGGCUGCAUAAGCCGGAAGUGCCCGGCCAUCAAGGAGAUGGUGUUCCAGUUACAGAGGGAAUGCUACCUCAAGCACGACCUGUGCUCUGCCGCCCAGGAGAACACCCGGGUGAUGGCGGAGAUGAUCCACUUCAAGGACUUACUGCUGCACGAACCCUACGUGGACCUGGUGAACCUGCUGCUGACCUGUGGGGAGGAGGUGAAGGAGGCCAUCACGCACAGCGUCCAGGCUCAGUGUGAGCAGAACUGGGGAAGUCUGUGCUCCAUCUUGAGUUUCUGCACGUCGGCCAUCCAGAGGCCUCCCACGGCGCCUCCCGAGCGCCAGCUCCAGGGCCACAGGGCCAAGGUCUCCAGGGGCCACCACGGCGAAGCAGGUCACCACCUCUCGGAGCCCAGCAGUCGGGAGACCCGCCAAGGUGCCAAGGGCGAGCGAGGUAGCAAGAGCCACGCAAACGCCCACACCCGGGGCAGAGCGGCCGGCCACGGGGCCCAGGGAACUUCUGGAAGCAGCGAGUGGGAGGAUGAACAGUCUGAGUAUUCUGAUAUCCGGAGGUGAAACGAAAGGCCCGGCCGGGAAAUCUUUCCUCCACGCCGUCCAUUUUCUUCUCUCUGGACAUUCCAAAACAUUUGCCAUUAAAGAGGGGGGAUGUCACACGCAGGAUGUGAUGGGGAUUGCGGACUUGAUGGAGGUGUAUGUAAGCGGCAUGGACAGGUGAAGCGGAGACUCCCUGGGCGGCAGCGAGGGCUCGGUUGUGCCCGCUGGGUCCCGCACCGGCACACCCCGAAGGGAGGGAGCCACCCGGCGUCCUCAUUGCAACUUUGCCUUCUUUCCAUCCGCGGAGCCCCUGGGCGGCAGCCUGCGGUUCCCUCUGCUGUGGGAGGCGAUGGGGAGGGGCGGGGGUGACCCCCGGGGCUGGAUCGCGGCCCAGACCGCAGCUUCUGGUGCUGUCUUGGUGGAGGGCAGCUGGAUUCCGGUUUAGGAGUGGGUGUGAAAAUCUCCCUGGGAAUGGGAGAAGGGUGGAGAGGAAGCAGGGGCCGUGUGGGUGCUUGGCCAAACCGAAUCCAGUUUCUUGCAUGGGACCUUGAGGUUUGGAGCAACUUGGGAAGGGGCGGGUGAGGGUUCUAAGUGUAAUUUCUGAGCCAUUGUUCUGUCUGGGGCACCCUGUCCGAGGGAGUGGCCCCUGUGUGUUUGUAUUUUAACCACUGCUUCAAGUCUCGAUUUCACUUUUUUUUUUAUUUAUCCAGUUACAUCUCCCUAUCUGUCGUCUAAAUAAAUAGCUUUCAAAC